GGGCAGCGCGGCCUGAGCGAGCGGCAGCGGGGAGUGUGGCACUGCACUGAAACAGAGUUCCAGUUUGCUUUAGUGGGAAGGACUACAGUGUGAUGGGAUCAAACUUGCCAAGAGGGAAGCUGGAAGAGAUCUAGAGAAACAUACUAUUGGAGAAGGUUCUGAGUCUUCUAUAUGGGCCAUUUUCUUUCAAAAAAUGGUAAGCGUGUGAAGAAGAGAAGACGGAAAUUCAGGAAGAACUGCUUUCUUCAUGGUCCUUGUAUGCUGUGCUUCAUAGUUCACAACACUUCUGUUCUUGACGAGGAUCAGUUCGAAAGCGCGUCUAAGCUUGCCGAACAUUACGCAGCACUGAAGACUUCCGAGGAGUGUGCAAAGUUUCUUCUUUCUCCAAAGGAACUUGCUAUCUGGGAAGAGCAGGGAAAGAAUCUACUCUCCAGUGUACCAGCAAAAUUGAUCAGGCCUCCUCUGUUCAGAACAAUCUCAUCUGAGUAUUCCGAGAUGCCAGUUUGCAAACGUAAAUGUGCUGGGGUGCAAAAGUGUACACCUUGUAAACUGCCUCGCUCAACAGUUGAGGGAGCUCCUGAGACAGGCUCGAACAAUGAUCUAGCUCAGCGUCAAUCACCUGUAUGCACUUUGCCAACAUCCACAGUGGAAUGCACUAACGUGGGGCUUCACGUGGACAUGGGUGACUGCUCUUCUCUGCUGCAAUGUCCGGUGUCUCCUCUGGGACCGGAAGACAAUGAAUUGGUCCCACGUGGAAAUUUGAAAGACUUAAGAAUGGAGUCUGAGCUGCCCAAUAUAAAUCAACUCCCUUCCUCUAUACUUCUGAAGGUCUUCUCUCAUUUGUCGUUGAAGGAACGGUGCCUUUCAGCAUCUUUAGUCUGCAAGUACUGGCGUGAUCUUGGUUUAGAUUUUCAGUUUUGGAAACAGCUAGACCUCAGUGGGCGACAGCAGAUCAAUGAUGAAAUACUAACGAGGAUUGCAGCGAAGAGUCGUAACACAAUGCAAAUUAAUAUUUCUGAUUGUCGAAACAUCUCGGAUACAGGAGUGAAUUCCAUAGCAUCGCAAAGCCCAGGACUUCACAAGUAUAUAGCAUAUCGAUGCAAACAGCUGAGUGAUGACUCUCUCAUUGGGAUUGCAUCACAUUGCCCUUUCCUGCAGAAAGUGCACGUGGGGAACCAGGAUCAACUCACAGAUGAAUCCCUACGACAGUUGGGAGAAAACUGCCCAGACGUCAUGGAUAUUCACUUCGGCCAAUGCUACAAGAUCACAGAUGAAGGAAUGGUUGCUCUAGCAAAAGGCUGCCGGAGGCUGCAGAAAAUCUACAUGCAGGAAAACAAAUUGGUGACGGAUAAAUCGGUAAAAGCAUUUGCAGAACAUUGUCCUCAGCUACAGUAUGUGGGUUUUAUGGGCUGCUCAGUCACAUCCCAAGGGGUCAUCCACCUCACCAGGCUGAAAGAGCUCGUGAGCCUGGACCUGCGCCACAUAACAGAGUUGAACAAUGAGACCGUGAUGGAGGUGGUGAAGAAAUGCAAGCAUUUAAGCUCGUUGAAUCUAUGCCUCAACUGGAGUAUUAAUGACAGAUGUGUGGAAUUCGUGGCUAAGGAAGGACAGAGCCUGAAGGAGCUAUACCUGGUGUCCUGUAAGAUCACUGAUUACGCUCUGAUAGCAAUUGGACAGUACAGCACAACCAUUGAAACAGUGGACGUGGGCUGGUGUAAAGAAAUCACAGAUAAGGGAGCAACCCAGAUCUCACAGAGCAGCAAGUCCCUCAGGUACCUGGGACUUAUGAGGUGUGAUAAGGUGAACGAAGACACAGUGGAACGUCUAGUCCAGGAAUAUCCACAUAUUACAUUCAGCACUGUGAUGCAAGAUUGCAAGCGGACACUAGAACGAGCCUAUCAGAUGGGCUGGAUCCCCAACACAUCAACAGCAUCCUAAUCUUCUGAAGAGUUGGCUAUAAAAGCUCUUUGUGGUUAUUGUAAUUCUUAUAUACACUGAUGUAAAUAAGAGCCAGUGCAAAAAAAGUUACAUACAGUAGACUUUCCAGGCGUUAAGUACAAAAGACCAUACCGGUCCACUUUAUGUUCCUGUCUAUGCCCUUUUUAAGGUUGGAAUCAUGGAUUUUCAAAUAUCCAUGCAAGGAUUUUUUAAAAAAAAUAAUGAUAAUUGGAAGGGGGAGCAUUUUAUGGUCUGUAGCCCAGAGUAAUUUUUAUCUUUUUUAUUUUAUGAAUCAUCCAGUAUUUUCUUUUCUGAAAUGAUUGUUAAGAAAGUUUAAAGUAAAAAAAACUCUCCCUUUUACUUUCUUUCUUCUACGUCAGGUUUGGUGCUGUAUCUGAAGCUCCUAAAAUCUGUAAUUUCUUUUCAGGUGUGACAAUGAUCUACCACACUUAUCUGGUUCUGCUCCUGUUCAGCUGCUCCUCUUUGAAAUCAUCUCCAUUAAGAUUACAUCUAAUUUAGGAUAAGCUUGGUUAAAAAUCUGAAAUCAUUUUUAUUAAGCUUCAUUCAUCCUUGAUAAAAUCAAUUAUUGCUGAAGAUCAAGACUAGCAAUGAUUCUGUUAAGAUUUCGCUGCAGUCAGAACCAAUAGAGGAUUUUUUUCUCCCCUAAGAAAUUGUGCAGACUUUUAACUGUUGCCAACAUGAGCAACAAUGUCUGACUUGUACUUUGCUACCGUUUGUAUGUCCUUUUUCUAAACACAUAGUUGAGACUUGCUUGUGUAAGACAUACGUUUUCUAAUACGGUUAAAGCAAAAUAAAGUGAACUUUUGGCAGUUUAAAUCAUUUGAUUGUCAGUGUAAAUAUCACCCCUGCACACUUUGCUAGUUCAGUAGCAAAGAAAUGUUUGGAAAGAUAAUAGUUCAGGAUUUUCAGAAAAAACACCGUAUUAUUGUGCGUUACUUAAUGUUUGUCAUUAAAUAACAUCUCCAGUGCUAAACUAAGCAAAGUUAUGUUGUGUUUUACAUUGAAAAGCCUGGAAAUCCAAUAUUCCAACCUUUAAUAUUCAGCAGCAGAGAUUUACGUUCAGAACAUACAAUAACUGCACACUGAUUUCUCAUUUGUAACUGGUAGCUGAUGCUGAACUGCUGCAGAAUAGACAUGCUAUCAGAUGUGUGUGUAUAUAACAGAGACAAUACACAGUUUUUGAGACUUUAUGAAUUCAAAAAUAAUAGGGUGUAAAUCUUUUUACAGGAAAAUCUAGGGAUCUGGAAGAGGACAUUACGUGUGUGUGUGUUUUAAGAUAUAUAUUGUAGUUUUUUUUGAAGUACCACUUGCACCAGCCAUGAAAAUCAGUUUCUUUCACGUUCAUGACUGUACAAAAAAUUAGUGGAAGGCAUGAAGGAAAGAAAGGUAAUUUAAGUGAUGUUUGGUAAAUGCCCCCUUUGAGAGUCGAGGCAGUAAUUGAACAGAUUAAGAUAACUGACAGUAGCUGCACAGUGAGUCUAACUGGAGGUCUCUGUGGGUCGUGUCUCAGAUCCUGUGCAGACACGUUAAACAAGUUUGUCAAUUUUCCAUUAGAUUGAUUUUUCUCACAAGUCUGGAAGAGUUGUCUCAUUUUCUCUUUUGAGAGGCAACAGUUUUCCCAAUAUUGUGCCUUUCUGUUUAAAACCACAUUGGGACGAGCGAAAAAAAAUUGGAGUUUUUAGCUGAUUGAAAGUGAUGAUCCUUUUGUUUUCGAAUGUGAACUGAACAGUGUUGCAGUUAAAAGGCUUUUAACCCUUCAGUAGCACUUUUGCAUGGGAAGUACAGUAGGUCUAGCACCAUUCUGUUAAUCAAUCAGAAACUUCUGCUGAGUAAGAAUGUGGAAUGCUCCAUGAUUUCCAUGUAUCGGAUCAAAUUAUCUAAAAUAUACAUAUAAAGGUGUUUUUUAUAUAAUCCCAGAAAUAUGCACAUUUUGAACAAUGCUAAUAAAAUUCGCUCCCCCUCUCCCCAUACCAGCCCUCCAUUACAAAGCCCUCUUGAAAGAGUGUGUCUUUUAACUUUUUAAAAUGUCCAUUUCUUCGUCCGAAGAAUAUAUAUUUUAAAUAAAUGUUGUGUAUCCAUCCUGCCUGUACCAUCACAGCAGGCAAUUCUCUAUUGCCUGCAAAUGACAUGAAGCAUUCCCCAUUCUUUGUGCUCUGCUUCCUAAUGUGCCCUUUCUUUGCUUCCCUCUGCUUUAUCACUUUAUCAAUGCUGCAAGGUAAACACUACAGCAUGCACUGCAAUACUGAUGGCUGAGCUGAUGCAGAGACCAGCUGGGGUCUACCAUUAGCUUUAAUCUCCAAGCUGUAUACAGAACGUGCACCAGAUAGCCCAACAAUGACUGUAUGUUACCAAACAAAUUGUUUGUUGCCCGUUGAGAUUCUUUAGGGAGUGAUUCUCCUAUCUAUCGUUGAUAAAUAAUGGGAAAAUCCUAUUGUAAGCUCACAUCAAGAUCAGUAAAUUUUAUUUAAAUUUAGAGAGUACUGUAAUAUUAUGAUUGAAUAAUGUUUGUCAGAUUGGUGUCCCUGCCAUUCAUUCCCAGACUGAAGUUAGUCUUAACAAACCUCAAGGGAGACUUGAGAGCUGAGCAUAUUUGCUUCCCCACCCCACAGAGAGAAGAGGAUAUAAGCACCUGAAAUACUUAAUGUUAUGUGUGCAGAUUAACACAUAGCAAAAUAUAUAGAUGAACGGACUAACUGUUAAGGAACAGGAUAGAAGUCUGUUAAGAAAAAGUAUAGAUAGAGAUGAUCGAAUGUUGUGUAGAAGGUGAUAUUCCUGAAUUGCUGGGAUUGUGGGAAGCAGUCAGGAGUAAAUAACACAGGAUUUAUGGUUUGAUAGAUAGGUUGUGGAGUUUUGCUUGAUUGAAUUUUGGGAGAGGAGCAGGGAGCUAUUUUGCAAAUCCUUCUCAGGAGAUUAAAUGGGUUUGGUGGAGUCUGUGAUAAAUUGGAAUUGUACACGAUCUAUGGAAGAUACAGGAUGGAUGGGGCCAAAUGCUUUUUUUCUCGUUCCAUACUUUAUGUUCUUAACAAACCCUGAAUUUCCAAGUGACUCUCUCAGGCAUUUUGUUAACAAUAAAGGCUUGUUUUUUCCUA